AAAUGAGAAAUGUCAAUUGAUUUACUAAAAGCGCGUGUUGUUCAUUUAAAUCAUUAUUUUUCUAAACAUGAAUAGAAAAUCCCAUAGAAAUUAUAACUAUUUAUAUUUUUCUGUUGUAACGGCAAGCUGUCUGUUCAUAUCAUCAGGAAGCUGGGUGGUAUGGAUUUCUCCAAUAAUACCAAAAUUUUUAUCGAAUGAUACAUCGAUAAAUCCACUUGGCGCAUCAAUAACUGUUCUACAAGUUUCAGCGUUGCUUUCUUUAAGUCCGAUUGGAAUCAUUGUUGGAACGAUAUGCCUUGGAAAAUUACCAGAUAUAAUUGGAAGAAAAGCCACGUUAAUAAUUGUAGCAGCAAUUGUAACAAUUGUAGAUGUAGCAUUAUAUUUUGCUAGAUACCUCUAUCAGUUUAUCAUAUUUCUUUUAAUGAAAGCAGUUAUUCAAGCUCUUUGUUUGGUUACGUUGCCCUCAUAUGUGGCCGAAAUAGCCGAUGAUCACAAUAGAGGCAGUUUGGGGAGCUUAUUAUCAGUAAUGUUAAUUUUAGGACAACUCUACGCUUACGGUUUGGGUAUCGUUACUUCGGUUAAAUCGUUUUUUCUGUUUUGUAGUUUACCUUCGUUUGUGGUAUUUGUUGUUAGUCCGUUUAUACCGGAAUCGCCGAUUUAUCUAUCGAUAAAAAAAGAUGAAUUUGCCGCAGCGAAAGUGUUGAAGAAAUUAGGUAGGACAAUUAAAUUACGUAAUAUUGAUGAAAAUCAGCAUAUGCUUCGUACAUACAAUCCAUCCACGACAUUAACUUGGAAAAGUCUCAUUUUUGAUAGACCCACUAGAAAAGGAUUCAUAUUGAACCUGGGAAUUAUAAGUUUUUUUGAUCUUUCUGGAAUCCUAGUCGUUAUAGGCUUUAUGCCUACUAUUUUUAAAGAUGUUGGUGGUAGUUUAGGACCAGAAGUGUUAGCUUUCAUAGUAAUGGCAAUUAAAUUACUUGUCACCAUUUUGGCUAUCAAUGUAAUAGAAAAAUUAGGUCGUCGUCCGAUGAUACUCACAGGAUUUUUCAUUUGUGGUUGUUCUAUGUUCGUCUUAGGUAUUUUUUUUUAUUUUAAACAUAAUGGAUACGUAUUAACGCAAGUAGUAAAAUUAAUACCAUUAAUAACCGUGUUGUGUUUCGUUGUUGCAUCUGCGAUGGGUAUCAGCCCAGUAUUAUUAGUAUUAAGAGCGGAAUUAUUACCCAACGAAUUGAGAUCUUUGGGUUCUAGUUUGUCUCAAUUUUUCGGUACUAUCAUUGCUGGAAUUCUAAUGUUUUGUUAUCCUUUAAUGUCAAGUUAUUGGGGUAUGUACUACUGCAUGUUUAUUUUCAGUUUCAUUUGCUUCUGUGCUUUUGGUUUCUUAUAUCUAUUAUUACCUGAAACUAAAGGUAAAAGUUUCAGUGAAAUUAGAAAAAUAUUGGAUGGAUAGUUAUUAUUGCAACAAAUGAAUUUUUCAUCUAAUUAGUGAGUUCAAUCCAUUUUUGAAAUCUCCGUAAAAUUUUAGUAUACUUUUGUCUGAAAACUUUUUUCAAAAAAUGCAUACUUUUUAAAUUAAUAAUUUUUAUGUAAAAAAAUUUGACCCUUACAGACCUUUAUAAAUUAUUUUUUUACGAGGAUACCCUUAAAGAUAUGAAAAUGGUUUUUGUUCGGUUGCUUUAAGCAAGGUAAGACGUAUUUGGAUCUAUGUUAAGAAAGUUUUUAUUUUAUACAAGGUGUGUAUAAAAAGUGCUCAAAGUUUAUCUUCAUAAAAAUCAAACUUCUUAAUUUUUUCAAAUAGAACCACCCAUUUUUUUCUAUUUUAAUGCAUUCAGGAGUAAAAAAUAAAGCAAAUUCAUGUAUACUUUUCUAUACCUAAACCUUACCGUUAUCCAGAUAUUAAAUGUUUUCUAUAAAUUAUAUAAAUUGAGUGAGAAGAUUAUAUAAAUUUGCUUUCAAUAAUUGGUGAAUGUGACAAGAACUUUAUUUGCUGCAAGAUACGACGACCAAACUCCCAUACUGUUAGAAGAAUCCUCAACAAUUUGAAACGAUACGGUUCAUCUCAAGUUAAUCGAAUUAAACCAGUUAUUGACCCGCAUCUGCAUCUCUAAAAAUUUACAGUUAAACUUUGAACACUUUUUAUACACACCCUGUAUAAAAUCAAAAAUUUUUCAGCAUAUAUUCAAAUACGUCUGACCUUGCUUAAAGCAAACGAACAGAAACCAUUUUCAUAUCUUUAAGGGUAUCCUCGUAAAAAAAUAAUUUAUAAGGAUCUACAACCAGGUCAAAUUUUUUACAAAAAAAUUGAUAACUCAAAAAGCAUGCAUUUUUCGAAAAAAGUUUUUAGACAAAACUAUAUUAAAAUUUUACGUAGAGUUCAAAAAUGUAUCAAUAUAUAGGGUGUUUUAUUCAAAAUAACAAAGUUACAGUCGAUUUUUGGCAGAACCGGAAAUCGGCAAUCUUUGAAAAUGUUUUAGUUGAAUCGUAUCCAAAAAUUUUCAUAAUUUUACUAUAAGUAUUUUGCCAUAUACAGACAGUUUUAACCCGUCGUCGGACACCCUGUAUAGUGUGGUUUAUUUAGACUGGAAACAGAUAUACAGUAGCCGAACAAUAUUCUUUCCAUCGAUUUAUUCCAAACUUUCUAAACUUUCUGGUUCCCAUUGUAGCAUUGAACGAAAUAUUUUAUAAUUUACUCUUUCUGAUACAUUUUAUUCACAGUUUUUUGAGCUCUUCACUACUCACAGUUCAUACAUUAACUGUUUGUAUUUUUGUCAACUUUUAUUCACAUUAUCCACCUUUUAUUUUCAUCAUCGUUUCUACCACAUACUUCAUCAGAAUGGAAUUAAAUGAUAAUAAAAUUAAAGGCAAGACUGUGAGAAAAAAAUAUUGGAAACUAUGAGAAGUUUGACACUGGUACGCAAAAAAGCGAUUUAGGCGACACUCCUACAAGCCAUUGACAAAAAACUGAAUACGAAAUUGGAUUUUUCUCAGUAAAAUCUUAAAGUUAAUAGCAUUAGCUUGAAACUGAUCGGUAACCACCCUUUUUUCAUGCUUGUUUACAAUAAUGCUAACCAGAAGUAAUUGACUAUGAUAGGUUAUCUAUUUGACCCACCACCAUCAAACGUGAUAAUAGACACAAGUGAUAAAGCUGCUCAAGCGGUCAUCCAUCAAGUGGCGAGUGCGCUGAACAUCAGUCAGUCUGCAGAGUUUACCGUCGUUAUCAAUAGAGUCGUAACUUUCAUCGAAGAUGCUGUUCCAGAAGAAAAAGGUGCUUAUUCGAGAGAACAGACCGAUUCAUUGUCAUCACAUCGCUGAGAAAACGUGCCCUCACUGGUGUUCAUGUCUAACAAGAGUUCAAAGAAACGCGAAGACUGACUAUGAGUUACUGGAUAGUCAGAAGAAGACUUAAGGCAGCUAAACUUGAGCCCACCGAGCAGCCCGUCAAUGAUUUGCCAUAGAACACGAUAAUUGGACCCCCGUUUCUUUUCAGACGAAGCGGGGGGAUUAACAGCGAACCUAACACAGAAGAAAUCCCAGGGGAUGUCAGUUUUAUCGGCGGAAACUUCAUCCUAAUGCAGAAAAAUGUUGGUAAAUGAUGUCGAAAUUGUCGUUAUGGAUUAGCCAGCGCGUAACCUGGACCACAAACGACGCUUACUGAAGAAUUGGAUCAAGUAAAUAAACUUAUUCAAUUCAUGAAAAAGCGAUCAAGAAACACACACAUCAGAAAUUAUCAAUCAAGAUAAAGUGACAAUCGACUUCAAUCGGCUUCAAUGGAUAUAAGGCGACAAUAUCUGACAAAGGUAAACGCCAAAACAGCCAAAUAUAUAAGAAUUGGUGUGAUUCGACCUCAAGCGACGUCAAUAAACAUCAACAUAAAGUGACAAUCGAUCUUAAUCGGCUUCAAUUGAUGUAAGGCGACAAUAUCUGACAAAAGUAAACGUCAAUACAGCCAAAUAUAUAAGAAUUGGUGUGAUUCGACCUCAAGCGACGUCAAUAAACAUCAACAUAAAGUGACAAUCGAUCUUAAUCGGCUUCAAUUGAUAUAAGGCGACAAUAUCUGACAAAAGUAAACGCCAAUACAGCCAAAUAUAUAAGAAUUGGUGUGAUUCGACCUCAAGCGACGUCAAUAAACAUCAACAAACGAUCUCAUUCGGUUUCAAUGGAUGUAAAUCGACAAAAUCUGAGAUUAUCAUAAGUCAAUACAUCCAAAUAUAUAAGAAUUAAUGCGAUUCGACUUCUUUACUGUUAAUUAUUAUAACACUUUUAAUUGUUUACAAUUCCUUUUCGUUUGAUACUUUUUCUAUACAAAAAAAUAACUUAUUAACAGCAUAAACUAGACAUAACAAAGCUAAGACUAAUUGCUUUAAGAUGCUAAAAUCAGAAAAAGUAAUUUUACCACCGUUGAAUGGUCAUAAUAAUAUUUACCUCAAACAAGUUGAGAUUUGAAACUUGUUUGCAAUUUAAAAGAUAAAAAUUUUUCUAAAUUUAGUGAUGCUUUUCAAAUAUUUAUAUAAAUUAUUGGUAAUUCACAGCAGAUGGAUUAGCGUUAGCUAGAAAACUCCAUCCACGUCAGAAUUUGAUAUCCACAUUUUAGAUCCAUUAAGAAUGUAAUAGGAACCGUCUUUUUUGGCGGUGACGAAUGCAUCUGACCCGGAUGAUGGCUCUGAUAAAGCGAAACUUGUUUACGCGUUCUUUCCAAAAUUUCCAUAAUCACUUUUUUUUCUCACGAGUAUACAUGCUUCCAUUCUAAUUAAAUCACGUUAAAGUCUUGGAUAUCCAAUGGAAAACAUCUACAUUUUUUCAUUUAUUAGCUACGAUCUCUACAAUUUAACUUUUUAUCAAUAUAUUGAAAGAACUAUACACAAUGGCAACACUGUUUGUUAGGGUUCAUAGUGACAAUGACUAAUUGUCCAAUAACCUUACAUUUUGUGAUCAUGAGGCACUCAACCCACAUAUUCUCGUGUAAAAAGAAAGAGUAUAUAUACGGUAUAUAAAUAGAAAAAUAACAAUUCAUCAUUGCGUGUUAUUUUGUAAACAAAUGUACAUUAGAAAAAUGAAAUUAUAUGUUUACGUGUUA